UCAGCUUCAAUCACUUCAAUUAGUUUAUUUUAUUCAUUCAGUCAGUCAGUCAGUCAUAAUAAUUCCAAGGCAAUUACAAUACACACAAGAUUUUUUUUCACAUUUAUGCGUACAUAAAGAAUUCAAUUUACUCACUGUUAGUAAAAGUGAUUACUUUUAAUUGAAUUAAUUGAUCCUUGUUUGGGAAUAUUUUGACGUCAUUCUGCACUGAUCGACGGUACAGCAAAACAGGGUCAGUAGUCAGUACGGAUAUUAUGGCGAUGAUACAGCCAAUUCAUUGAGGAACUAUCUGUACGGUGAACAGUUUUGUGAAAUAGUGAAUCAUACGUAUACUUGGACCAGCCUCCCAACGAGUAGUUUUCUACGUAAAAUUCAGCAGCCAUAUUUCGCAAUAGUUGUAGAAAAAGUGCAACGGAAUCAGAUUUGAAUGCCUAUUGUGACGUAAACACGGCAAAACAAUAGAUUUGUUAUGGAGAUACGGCGUCAUAUUGCGUGAACCGAAGUCGAGAUGUGGUCGGUGCUCAGCGUGUUGUUCGCGCUCCUGAGCCUCACUUAUGCACUUCUGGAAGGCCCCAAUGUCUGCACCAGACAGGAAUCAUACACUACAACGAUACGAGUGUCAGAAAAACAGCCGUAUCAAGUGAAGGAGUACACAUGGUGCUUCAAUGUCCCACCGAAGUGUUCGAAGUACAAGAUUAAGUUUAGGGAAGUGUUCAAGACUCAGACGUUGGUGAAGUAUAGGCCAGUAGAGGAGUGCUGUGCGGGGUACGCGCCAGACGCUCAAGGGGAGCAGUGCGUGCCUGUGUGCGUGGAGUCGUGUGUCCACGGCAAGUGUGUGGCGCCCAAUACAUGUGCCUGCGCGCACGGUUACGGCGGUCCAGCCUGCGACAUAUCAUGUCCUGAUGGAAAAUGGGGCCGAAACUGUCAGAAUGAAUGUACUUGUAUGAAUGGUGGUACUUGUGAACCUCUGACCGGUAAGUGCGCUUGCACGGCGGGCUGGCGCGGGGACGCAUGUGAACGGGCUUGUGCACCUCCCACGUACGGCGACAACUGCGACGAGCUGUGCCAGUGUACCAACAAUGGGACCUGUGACCCGGCCUCCGGCGCCUGCAGGUGUCCUCCGGGGUUCACUGGACCUUUAUGUGAAGAAGCCUGUCCCAGCGAUGAACCAUGCCCCGUAAGAUGCCGCUGUCAGAACAACGGAAAAUGUACUUUUCUGUCAACGUGUGAAUGUCCGUCUGGAUGGACCGGAGAAGUUUGUGCUAAUAAGUGUCCAUCAGGAAAGUGGGGACCAAAAUGUGAGAAAUCGUGUGAAUGUGCUAACGGAGCUGGUUGUCACCACGUCACUGGUCGCUGUCAGUGCGAAGCUGGCUUUACUGGAGAAAAGUGUCUAGAGAUAUGCCCAGUGGGUACGUGGGGUGUGGAUUGUUCUAGAAAGUGUCAGUGCGAGCACAGUAGUGCUUGUUCUCCAAAGGACGGGUCUUGUGAGUGCAAGCCAGGGUGGACGGGCGAGCGGUGCCAGAACCGAGCCUGUCCCGCCAACAAGUGGGGCGCCAACUGCGACCGAGACUGCGAGUGCAACCCUGCUACUACAGACUUGUGUGAUCCUUGGACCGGUGCGUGCGAGUGCUCGGCGGGUUGGGGCGGGGAGUCGUGCGAGCGACAGUGCCCGCUACUGACGUACGGGAAGGGAUGCCGGUCCACGUGUCGCUGUGAGAACAGUGGACUGUGCUCGCCUGUCAACGGAUCAUGUCUAUGUGCGCCUGGGUACCGUGGGCUGCGUUGUGAAGAGCUCUGUCAGUACCCGUACUACGGAGACAACUGUUCCCGCACUUGCGACUGUUACAAUAAUGCGACCUGCUCACAUGAAACUGGACUCUGUGAAUGCAAACCUGGAUAUGAAGGCCUUAAAUGUGAUCGGCCAUGUAACGGAAAAACGUUCGGCUUAAAUUGUCGGCAACCGUGUAAUUGUGAAAACGAUGCGCCCUGCAACCCUGUUAACGGCGAGUGUGUAUGCGGGGCGGGGUACACGGGCGCGCGCUGCGACCGGCGCUGCCCGGCCGGGUUCUUCGGGCUCGGCUGCCAACAUCGCUGCAACUGCUCGGAAAAUGCACACGGCUGUGAUCACGUCACCGGACAGUGCCUCUGCGACAGCUCUUGGAGAGGUGUGAGAUGUGAGACGCAGUGUGCGGAGGGUCGUUACGGGGAGCAUUGUUCGGAGAAGUGUCCGUGCGGGAACAACUCGUCGUGCGACGCGUCGUCCGGGCGGUGCGUGUGCGCCGCGGGCUGGACCGGCGUCGACUGCACCACGCCCUGCCCGCCCGGAUACUACGGCGCGGGUUGCACUCAAGUUUGCCCCGAAAAUCCUAAUGGUAACUCUACUUGCGACCCUGUAACCGGCGUGUAUGCUUGCCCGCACGGCUUUACUGGUGUGACGUGCGAAUACCCCUGCCCACUUGGUACUUACGGCGCUGGGUGCAAGGAGAAGUGCACGUGUAAGAAUGGCGCCGAUUGUCACUAUGUUACGGGCGCGUGCCAGUGCCUGGCGGGCUGGCAGGGCCCGGCGUGCGAGGCGUCGUGCGGCGCGGGGUGGUGGGGCGCGGCGUGCUCGCAGCCGUGUCGCUGCGCGCCGCACGCCGCCUGCAGGCCCAACGACGGCUACUGCCGCUGCCCGCCCGGAUACACAGGGCACUACUGCACGCAGUUCUGUCCGGAGGGAUAUUUCGGCGAUCACUGCAUGGAGCCUUGCAACUGUUCUUCGGAAGGAAACUGGGUGUGUGACCCAGUGGUCGGGUGUAUGUGUCACCGCGGCUUCAUCGGAGAGAAAUGCGACAUACACGCCAGUGACGCCAUUGUCACUGGAAUUGAUACUAGCAGAGAAUCCUCAACGUCCGGCCUAACAGUGGUGAUGAUAAUACUGGCGUUCAUCUGUGCCGCUAUAGCAAUACUGGUACUGUUGUACUAUCGCAAGCGAGUACGUAACCUCAAGCGGGAGAUCGCACACGUACAUUACACUGCGGAUCCUAAUUCACAGCCUGAACAACAGCACUUCGAUAACCCUGUGUACUCGUACCAAGGAUCCACUCGAAGUGAUGAUUCCACAACUCUGCUGAACAACGCGACGCAUUUCCUGAACAACCUGAACCCGGGAAGCAAACUGAACAACACCACUAUGGAGAAACUCAGAAUGAAAGCUUCUGGUUCUAAUGAUACUUACGACCCGCUGUCCUCUAUGAAGAACAAAGAUGCUGACGCAAAUAAUCCGAAUUUGUACCAGUACGAAGAAGAUGACAAUAAAUUGGACCAUGUUUAUGACGAAAUCAAACACAAGGAAGGAUAUGAAAUGGAGUAUGAUCGUCUGAACUACACGCCACCUGCGAAUAAAUGGAAGCCCCACUACCAACGGAUGAACAACGGGUUCAGCCCAGGCGCCGCGCAACCACUGCCUCCGCCGCGAGACAUCUCGCCCACCCCACCGAUACCUCCGCUACCCAAACUGAACAUUGCCCCCCUGCCUCCGAAAAGGGAUGAAGAACCUCUCGAGGUCCCCGAACCCCCUAAAAGGGACGAACUCCCUUCAGCACCCCUAACCCCCCCAAGUGACGAAGAAAAUGACGUAACGCAACCUUGACACACAAAGUGGGUGAAGUUCAUAGACAACUAAACCUCACUGUACGUAGCAAUAAAAUUGUUGGAGCAAGCCAACCAACGUGUUAACAUUAUGACAAAAUUGAAAUUUAUUUUAUGAAAUGUUUUAUGUCACUGAACUUUGUCUUUUGACUUUUGAACAUAUUUUGAUAAUGAUCUUUUACGAUGUUCCGUAGUUGUGUAGAUGUGAACAUUACCUGUAAGUGAAGUUUGGGAGUGAUCUCGUUUACUUCUUAUAUAAUAUCAACCUUAGAUUGUAAGUAUUCUAGAUAUCAAAUCAUCAAAACUGUUCAGCAAUAUUUAACUAACAUCGCAGAAUGCUACUUCUUGUAUUAUAUAAACAAUGGUAGUAACAUAGUAACCAAUUUUCCUUAUGCUUCCAAUCCCCGCGUGUUCAGUUUCCAAAGAUUCAAUGGUUUUCAUCCCGCAAAUUAUGACUAGUUCAGUAAAUUAUUGUUCAAUGAACAUAUUUAUAUAAUCAAGUAAUCAUGUUUAUAAAAUAAUUAUAAUUAUCUUAUGCUAAUUUUAAUUCGAUCAAUCUGUCAGACAGACAGAGAGAUAAUAUUAUGAAUGAUUUAUGAAAUUUUAGAUUUGUGUUCUCGCUACGAGUCACCUAAUCGCGGUAUGAAAACUGUUAUAUCUCGAUGUGUAAUUAAUGAUGAAUAUAGGAAUAACACAUUUUGUAUAACAAUUUAUGUAAAACAGUAUUUAGUUUUAAAUUGAUUAAGGAUUAAGAACAAUUAGUAAUUGUGUCGUUAUGGCCACGCGACUGUGGGACGUGCUGUGUGCGAGGGACGAGGGAUGUUUUAUAUUAAAUGCCAUAUAAUCGUAAUGGAAGUUGAGGGUCGUUAGUUUUGUAUUAUAAUUAUGGUUGUAUUAGACGUGUUCAAACUAAAUUAAUAGAAUACGUAGGUAUAUUACACUCAGUAGAGUUAAUUAUUUACAUAUCAUAUUGAAACACAGCGUUAGGGCCUAUGUUUGUCGCUAUUUUAAUUUAUACUAAAGUUUUACACCGUAUUUUAAUCUUAUGACAUAUUUUAAAAUGUUUUAGGAUCUUCGUAUCAAUUGGAUAUUAGAAAAGUUAUAAUAAUUUCUUAUUAAUUACUAUUUAUCGUAUCUCAUUAACAGUUUUUCAGCUGAACUAACAAUAACAGUACUAUGCAUACAUGUAAACAGCACGAUGUUACACCAACUUGUAAGAAAUAGGAAUGUUUUGAAGGCCGCAUACAUAGUGUAUGCUCCUUAUAUGAGUAGCACAUCAAACAAUGCACUUGUUAUAUUUGCAAAGGCGUAAAAUUUACAAUUUAUUGUGAUAUAUAUAUUUUGAUGUACGAUGGUGUAAAGUAAGAGCCUUGUUACAUUUGGACGCUAUGGUCGUACGACCGGGACACGCCAACAGAUUGUAUGGAUGACAUUUUUCGUGGUGUCAAUUUGGUAACGUAAGGGAUUGUACGAUCACAGUGCUCCUUAAACCUGUAUAUUUACGAACAUUCAUAGUUUGAUUUUAGUUGUUCAGAUUUCGGGUUUCUCAUUCAUUGUUUAACGUACGUGGAAAAUACUCAAUCACAUUCCACUCGUUAACACGUAUACGCUUUAGAAAUACCUUUUAAUGUUUAUUUAUCAAAAAAUAUAUUUUGUUUUGAUAUUACAGUAUUUUUUACUAUUUUUAAAUGCUAAUUUAUUUACUUUGUAAAUUUUAUUUAUAUCACACUUUUAUGUUUAAAUGGUAAAAAAUAUGAUUAUUUUCUUUGCCCAUAUUUUUGUUACAUUUUUUAUAUUCAAUGCUCACUUUACUAUCUGAAAAGGGUAACAGAGUGUUCCCUUUAUUAAAAAUCUUAUGAACAGAAUCGGAAAUAUUGCUCAAAAAGUGCCAAAUUCUUAUAUUUUACGAAUUGGCGAUUGUAAAUGAAGCGCAGCUGGCAAUAAAUAAUUCAUUGUUUAAACUGUAGUGUAAAAUUUGUACUGAUAUUGUUCGAAAGUCCGUCUAUUUGCUAAACGUAACCUAUUCAUUGCUUAUGUGUCGUAAAAUGUGCUAGUUUUUGCCCAAUGAUGCUUUUUAAAAUGUGCAUUUCAAAUCUGCAUUGUAACUAAUUUUCGGUGAAUGAAAUGUAUUUAUAAUUACGAUUUAUAUAUCUCUUUUCUAUUUCUGUUUUGGAAAAAACUGUUUAUAAAAUUUUUGAUUGACUAUAUUAGCUACUUUCACUGUAGAAACUCAAUUUACGUAAGCUUUAAAGUUUCAACAUUAAAUUCACAGGCACUUGCCAGCGAAUUUAUUUUAGACGUGCAAUCGAAUAAAUUAUAUAAAAUCGUCAGGACUCAUGAUAAAUAUCUGACAAUAAAUAUUAUUUACGUAGCUUUUUCAUUCUCUAGAUAGGCUAAAAAUAUGUCUAAUAUAUAAAAUGAUCGAAAUAAUAGUUGAUUGAUAGAUAUCAUAAAAUAUGCUGAACACUUUAUAAGUGUUAUUUAUGAAGUUAAGAUUUACUUUUGUGAUAUAUUGUAUUAAGCUACUCAAAAAUAAACGAACUUUCAUUUAUUA